AGUGACCCUUUUCCCCUCCCACAAUGCUCCGCGUGCGGCGCGGACCGGAGGCGCUUCCCGCACGGACACAAACACGCUCGGGACCUGCCGCGGCUGGCGCCUUUGCGAGCAGAGGGAGGACGGGACUGGGCCAUGGCGGCGAAGGCUGCGACGCAGCUGCUGCACGGAAGCUGGGGGGCGCUGAGGGCCCUGGGCCGGCCCGCUGCUCUCCGAGCUUCUGCCGUCUCCCGAGGGCUGCUGGAACCGCCGCUGAGUUCUAUCUGUGGAUUGGAAUGGUUUAUGAAAGACUGCACUUUAUCGAAUGCUCCAAAGAAGCCUUUGUCUGCAUACAUUCGUUUUACAAUGGAGCAUCGGCCCCUACUCAAAGAACAAAAUCCAGAUUUGAAAAGCACAGAGAUAAUUAAGAAACUUGCUGAAGCUUGGAGGGAGCUUCCACAAUCAAAGAAGAAAGUAUAUGAAGAAGCUACUAAGGCAGAAUUUGAAGUAUACAAAGAAGAGAACUCUAAAUAUAUAGCAGAGCUUAACCAUGCUGAGAAAAAAAAUUUGAAAGAAGAGAAGCGUCGAAAAAGGGUUAGAAAGGAAAUAAUAAAGAAAAAAAGAGAGUUAACUAUCUUUGGAAAGCCCAAAAAACCUCGCUCGGGCUAUAAUAUUUUUAUUUCUGAACACUUUAAGGAAGGAAAAGGGAUUUCAUCACAGGAAACAAUGAAGAUUUUAAAUGAAGAAUGGAAAAAUCUGUCACCAUCUCAGAAGCAGGUAUAUUUGCAACUUGCCGAGGAUGAUAAAAUUCGUUAUGCAAAUGAAAUUAAAUCGUGGGAAGAAAAAAUGAUUGAAAUUGGAAGGGAAGAUCUUUUACGUUUUAGGAAGCUAUCGGCCAAAAUGGGAAAACACCUUGAAGACAUCUAUUGAUGCAAACAUCUUCAUAGUGAAGAUGAUAAAUAUUCAAGAACCAAUCAGGUCUCUCACUACGCAGGACUGCAGCAGAAUUUCUAAGAAUGAUGUUUGCGAACAUUUUAUAUUAAUCUUUUUGUUAACAGAUGGACUUCAGCCAAUAUGCUGACACAUUUUGUAUUAGCACCUAGUUAUGGAUACUCUGAUGGUAUAGAUUCAGUCUGAAUUUAGGUAAAAUUUGCUUUUGGAGCAACUGAAUACCAAAAAAGUUCAUCUAGGUGUUGGAGGGAUUAGUUUUACCCUUAGAUAAAGGUAAAUCAAACUGUGAAAUAUUUUUGAUACUGGACGAUAAGAAAGUAUUCUUUUUUCCUAAAGAGGAAACAAGGGUUUACUUUUCUCAAAUUAUUUUAAAUUAUAAAAGUUACCAUGGUCUAAGCUAUCACUGUUGUGUAUUUUUAAAGAAUUGAAGAGCUGACCUGGGCAAAUUUCAAUACCAAGGCAAGUUCUAAUUCUUAGGUAAUACUAGAUGAGAUGGUAUUCAGAGAUGAUGAGUGGACACACAUGUAAUUGCUGAUUUCAUUUAUGCCUUUUUUUUUAAAAAAACUACUGAAGAUUUUGUAAACAUUUCCAUCCAUUUUUUUUUUUUUUUUUUGGUAAAGUAAAAAAAAAGAUUAUGUCAACUCUGCACAUUGGUGUUUCUAUCACAGAGAAUAAAUCUUCUAAAGCAUUCUA